AUGGCCACCUGCCAUUUCGUCGUGGGCGGCGUCCUCUCCUCCGGCGAAUACGUGCCCGGCGGCGUGAACGGCAAUCUGAACGUGCUCAUUCGGGUGCGCGGCUCCAAGGCCCAUACCGUGAUCGUCUUCUCCUAUCUCAUCAUCGUGUACGCCCUCACCCUCACCCCGGUUGCUUAG